CCAACAGAAAAGACGCGUUUUUUUAGCAAUUGUUUGCAGUCAACAUUUUCCCCUUAGAACAAGAACAAUCUCAGGGAAGCCAACUACUACAGAAUCCAAUCUUAACCUACCAGGAACAAUAGCCGAGCACCUUCUUUUUUGUGAUUUUUAAGGAAUUUGUGUGGAAAUUUGAGAGCUUGAAACGGUAUUAAACCCCCUUGGGAUGGUUUUGGCUUGGGAAUGAACGGAAGGGUCUUAUGGAAAACCCAGGAACAACAACGGGUGGCUUGAGCUGUUCUAGCUCUGAUGCGUUAACCACAACUCUCUACAAUUCAAUCCAAGCUCUGGGUCGUGGGUUUGAUGUCACAUCUGAUAUAAGGCUUCUGUACUGCAAGGGAGCACCUGGGUCAAGGUUGGUUCAGCUUGAUGGAGAUCACACCAGGAAACUUUAUGUCUCCGAUGGGGUUGUGCUGCCAAAUGUGCCCACUGAUAUUGAGGGCUCGACGGGUAAGAGGAGCAUCGCGAGACUGCCGGUUUGCAGUUUUCACGAGAUGGCAGAAUUUUUUAAUGAGAAAUGUGGUAUAUCAGGACAUAUACCACUUGGAAGUUUCAAUGCCAUGUUCAAUUUCACUGGUUCUCGGCAAGUCGAUGCAGCAGCUACAAAAUCCCUUGCAAUGGUUGGAUAUUUCAUACCCUUAUAUGAGGUCAAGUUAGCAAAGCUGAACUUAGUUCUGCAUGAGGAAAUCAAACGUGCUGUUCCUUACUCUUGGGAUCCUGCAUCUUUGGCUAGUUUCAUUGAAAAUUAUGGUACCCAUAUUGUUACUUCUGCAACGGUUGGUGGAAGAGAUGUUGUAUACAUCAGACAGCAUCAAUCAUCUUCUUUGUCAGUCUCUGACAUUGAGAACUAUGUCAAAGAUAUUGGAGAUCAUAGGUUUAUGGACUCAACAGGCGAGUCAAGUGCUGGGCCCUUAAAAUACAAGGAUAAGGAUGUUACAGUCAUUUUUAGGAGGAGAGGAGGUGAUGAUCUUGAGCAGAGUCCUGACAGGUGGGCAGAGACUGUAAGGUUGGCACCAGAUGUGAUUAACAUGACAUUUACACCUAUUGUUUCUCUUCUUGAAGGAGUGCCUGGUAUAAAGCAUUUAGCCCGUGCAAUUGACCUGUACCUGGAGUGUAAGUUCUCUAAUAAUUACAUACCUUCCAAUUCCAGUUCUGAAGUUGUUGUCCACCUACAAUGCAUUCAUCAUGUGUUCUUUCAAGGUAUUUCUUUGGUUAAAUGCCAUUUUUAGUCUCUGAACAUUUAAUUUUGAACAUUUUUAGUGCCUAAACUGUGAAAAAGGCACUUUUUUUGUUCUUCCGGCAGUUAGUCAUUAAAUCUGUCCAUAUAUGCACAUUUUUAGUCAUUGUCGUGUAUGAGUUCAAGUACUAAAAAUGUGCAUGUAUU